AUGUCGGAUACAUACUGCUCGGACUGCAAGAGGAACACGGAGGUGGUAUUCGAUCACUCGGCGGGGGAUACUGUGUGUUCCGAGUGCGGUCUUGUGCUGGAGUCCCGUUCCAUCGAUGAGACUUCUGAGUGGAGGACUUUCGCUGAUGAUUCGGGCGAUCAUGACCCGAACCGUGUUGGAGGACCUGUUAAUCCGCUUCUUGCUGAUGCGGCCCUAUCGACCGUGAUUUCGCGAGGACCUAAUGGGUCUAAUGGGGAUGGAUCCCUUUCCCGGUUGCAGAACCGCGGUGGUGAUCCCGAGCGGGCUAUUGUACUGGCCUUUAAGGCCAUUUCCAAUAUGGCUGAUAGGUUGAGUCUUGUUGCAACUAUUAAGGAUCGGGCCAGUGAAAUAUAUAAAAGGUUGGAGGAUCAGAAGUGUACAAGAGGAAGAAAUUUGGAUGCUAUAGUGGCUGCCUGCAUUUACAUUGCUUGCCGGCAAGAAGGCAAACCGCGCACUGUAAAAGAAAUAUGCUCUAUUGCAAAUGGAGCAACAAAGAAAGAAAUUGGCCGAGCGAAAGAAUUUAUUGUGAAACAAUUGAAGGUUGAGAUGGGUGAAUCUAUUGAAAUGGGUACCAUACACGCUGGGGAUUAUCUGAGGCGUUUUUGUUCUAAUCUUGGUAUGAGCCACGAAGAAAUCAAAGCUGUCCAAGAAACUGUCAAGAAGUCAGGGGACUUUGAUAUAAGGAGGAGCCCGAUAUCAAUUGCUGCAGCAAUUAUUUUCAUGAUAACUCAACUGUCAGAGUCAAAGAAAGCCUUGCGAGAUAUUUCAAUUGCUACCACAGUUGCAGAAGGGACUAUCAAGAAUGCAUACAAGGAUUUGUAUCCUCAUGCUGCAAAAAUAAUACCAGACUGGUACGCGAAGGAAAGGGAUCUCAAGAACCUCAGUAGUCCUAAAGCCUAG